AUUUUAGUGUGGGGUGCCAACAAACACCUGCAAUCGCCUCCAUCUACAGACGUCUACCCUUCAAAUCGCGUCGGCUCUUUUCGAGUAUUCCCAACUCUACAGCCACAUCUCGCCGUCCGCAUACCUCGCAAAUAUGGCCGACUCCGGUGAUGCCAAACCGACUCCCUCGGCGGAUCAAACUGCCUCGUCCGACUUGAGACCUGCCGAACAAGAGACUAAUCUCGUGACGAAUCCUCUGGGUAAUCCUGCGUCUGAAGGUCCUGCAAGUGAUGAUACCAAAUCUACCACCUACACCGAAACUGCUGCCAAAGCCGCCAGUAGCGCCGCGAGUACUGCCAGCGCAGCCGCAACAGGUGUCAAGGACUCCGUCUUUUCCAUGUUUGGUGGCGGUGCCAAAAAAGAGCGCAAAGUUGAAGAAGAUGACAAUGCAAAGGACGAACCCAGCGGCAGUUCCAAAGCCCAGAAGAAGGAGGAUGAAGACGAGGACAAGGCCGAAGAGGAGGAAGCAGACGUCGAGUUUGAACCCGUAGUCCGACUGACCGAGAAAGUCGAGACAAAAACCAAUGAGGAGAUGGAGGAACAGGUCUUCAAGAUGCGGGCCAAACUCUUCAAGUUCGACCGGGACUCGAGGGAGUGGAAGGAAAGAGGCACUGGCGAUGUUCGACUACUCAAGCAUAAGGAAAAUGGCAAGACGCGAUUGGUUAUGCGCCGAGACAAGACUCUCAAGGUUUGCGCAAAUCACUAUGUCACCCCUGACAUGAAACUUUCACCAAACGUGGGUAGCGAUCGUAGCUGGGUCUGGAAUGUUGCAGCAGAUGUCAGCGAAGGCGAGCCAGAGGCCCAGACCCUGGCGAUUCGGUUCGGAAACAGCGAGAAUGCGAACCUCUUCAAGGAAGCGUUCAUUAAGGCCCAGCAAGACAACGAAUCCCUGUUCCAGAAAUCAUGAUGCAUUAAAGAACAGCAAAGCGUGGGGUAUGUGAAGAUUGAUCCAGCAUGGAGUCUGCAACCACCAACAGGCAAGGCAAUACAGAGCAACGCAGAUGAAAGAAUGACGCAACUCGUGGUUUGACCUGGACUAUGAUACCAUCGUACCGCCUGAGAUUAGAUAGAGACGAAGCCAGUCCAACGGCCGGCCUUGACAAGAAUGAAUGGAGAUGCGAGGAUUCCACAAAGACUUGGUCGUUGUGCCUCUCAUGAAUUAAUCGGUAACUGACAAUCCC